UGGCCUGUCAGUGGGCAGAGCAGAGCGGUGCCGGAAACGCUAGCUAACUGUUCAGUUACACGAACUGAUUUUUUUUAGCUGCAUAACGACGGAUACAUUUUAAGACACGGGACGCGAUUUUUUAGGAAAUUAUUUUUAACCUGCCGUUUGGACUGGACUGGACAGACAAUCAUCAACGAGAAGGCGUUGAGAAUAAUUUCAGCUGUCGGCUAACUUGCUAGCCAGCUUGUCAACGCUGACUCUUCCUCGGUUAUGCUAAGCUACAUGCUAACAGUAUAGCGCCGACUCGACCAGUUGCUACGUAACACCGUUUUAAAUGAAAAAGUGCACGCUUGAUUUCUGCUCGGCUGCACGUCCUUGUAGCGAUAGAUUUCGUUUAACUCGUCUCGCGUUAAAUUUGUGUGCUUAAGCUUAAUUUGAUGUAGAAGCUUGGUAGCUAGCCAGGCAGCUAGCUAAACUGUCUCGCUGGUAAGUAGUUAUUGGCCCAUAGCUGGAGUUCUAUUUCUUAUUUGGAAAUAUAACUCGCGACUUGUUUUAGAUACUAAACAGAGUUACUUAUUAAAGCAGAAUAAUUUAUUUUUAUGAAUUACUGUCUCUGCAGCUUGCUAUUAGGUGUGAAUAGCUGAGAUUAUCCGAGGUGGUGAGUUGGGUUGGACAGCUAUGCCAAGUGCCAAUUAACUGAGAGACAGUUAGAAACUCUGAGGCGUUGGUGUAAAGAAAAAAAAAAAAAAAAAAGGACUGGGUGUGAAAUUUAAUUCCUUGCGGCACAAAGUGACAUGGCCACGGCCAGUAGCAUGGCUGCAUCGCUGGCGAGCAAAACGAAAACGAAGAAAAAACAUUUCGUGGCUCAGAAAGUGAAGCUAUUUCGAGCCAGCGACCCUCUGCUUAGUGUACUGAUGUGGGGAGUCAACCACUCGAUAAAUGAAUUGAGUCAUGUUCAAAUCCCCAUCAUGCUUAUGCCUGAUGACUUCAAGGCUUAUUCGAAGAUCAAGGUGGACAACCACUUGUUUAACAAGGAGAAUAUGCCAAGUCACUUUAAAUUCAAGGAGUAUUGUCCUCUUGUUUUCCGUAACUUGAGAGAAAGGUUUAGCAUUGAUGACCAGGACUUUCAGAACUCUCUGACCCGCAGCGCACCUCUUGUUAGCGAGGCUCAAGGCCGUAGCGGUGCCCGCUUUCACACCUCCUAUGACAAGAGAUACGUCAUUAAGACCAUCAGCAGUGAGGACGUAGCAGAGAUGCACAACAUCCUUAAAAAAUAUCACCAGUUUAUUGUGGAAUGUCACGGUACCACCCUGCUGCCACAGUUUUUGGGCAUGUACCGCAUCACUGUAGAUGGAGAUGAAACCUAUAUGAUUGUCACACGCAAUGUCUUCAGCCAUCGUCUGUCUGUCUAUAAGAAAUAUGACUUGAAGGGAUCUACUGUUGCUAGGGAAGCAAGUGACAAGGAGAAGGCGAAGGAGCUGCCUACCUACAAGGAUAACGACUUUAUCAACGAUGGACAGAAAAUAUAUAUUGAUGAGGAAAAUAAAAAAAUAUUUCUUGAGAAGCUGAGGAAGGAUGUGGAGUUCCUGGCACAACUGAAGCUGAUGGAUUACAGUCUGUUGGUGGGGAUCCAUGAUGUGGAGCGAGCAGAACAAGAGGAAGUGGAAAGUGAGGAUAAUGAAGGAGAUGAUGAAGGCGAGAGUGAUGGAGGGAUUGUUGGAACACCUCCAGACAGCCCCAGCAACACUCUGGACAGCACCAAACCUCUUUCACCAGGAGACUUUGACCCUACUAUUGAUGUCUACGCAAUAAAAAGCCAUGACAACUCUCCUCGAAAAGAAGUCUACUUCAUGGCUGUGAUUGACAUACUGCAACAUUAUGAUGCCAAGAAGAAAGCAGCUCAUGCAGCCAAAACAGUCAAGCAUGGAGCUGGAGCAGAGAUCUCCACUGUCAAUCCGGAGCAGUACUCUAAGAGAUUCUAUGAUUUCAUUACCACCAUUCUGCCCUAAACUGGAGCAAAACCCACAGAGGUCAAAGAGGGACGCUGAUGGAGGGGUGCCCAGUGCACUCACUCACUCUUACAGCAGCUACAACCACCAUUCGUUUACAUUUUUUAUUUGUUUUUUGCUGUUUUGUGGGACCAUAAGUGUGAUGAAACAGUAACAAGUAUAAAUCUUUGUGGGAGCUAUGGAUUUUUUUUUCUUUCCUGACCAAUGUCCCUCAUGGCAUUUUUAAUUCAUGUGUGUUAUUUUGCCUUCAUUUUAAGUGAAAGGGGGGGAGCAAGAGGCAAGAGAGCAAAUGUGAUGGCAUGUGUGGCUCAGUGAAUGGACAUGUACAUGUAGAAUGAAGUCGCUCAGAAUGGAGGCUGAGAAGGAAAGGAGCUUUCAACUGCUGUAGAAUUUACAACUUCAGACAAAAAGGAAAUGUGAAGCUAUUCCAUGCAAAAUCAGUCAUUCACCCCAGUUCAUCAAAUAUGCUUUUACAUGCUUGACCAGAAACCGCAGUUCAUCAGUUCCCCCCUGCUCUUCUUCCCCAGUUAAUCCUAACUUCCCCUUAUGUAAACCUUAUCCUUCUUUCACCCAAGCAUCAUAUUAAUCUGUCCCGCUCCCAUACUUUAUUUAACCCAAAUCUUCAUUGUUCUUGUCUAUUGUUUGUGCAGUUUUAUAGUUAAAAUCUGCAGCACUUGUAGAUGAACGUACUUUCCUUAGAUUAACAUGAUUCUUCCUGUUAAGUCUCUGAAACCAUGGCUCUCCUCCUCUGAACAGACUGACUGCAAAGAUAAUGCUCCUGAGCUCCAUUCACGUUUGCGAAGGAAUGCACCUUCUGACGCUUGCAUGUUCCUACAGUGUUUCACACGAGUGUGUUGGUGUUUUAUUUUGUAGGUGUUUUUUUUUUUUCUUUUUUUUUUUUCUUUGUGUGUUGUUUAAAUGGCCUGUAAUAGGUUGAGAUGAUUUGUCUAUAAUUUUGCAUCAUGAAAAGGCAUCCUAAUGAACUGAACAGAAGCAACAGCAUUGGUGGCAAUCACUUCAGUCUGUAAAAUCUGUUACGGGAAUGAUCUUUCAUUUGCCAUCAGCACCUUAAACUGUUGCACUUUUUUUAAAACAAGGAUCUAUUGGUCUGUUACAUACUGCAACAAUAGCACUAUGAGGCACUAUUGAAUGCAGCCCGUGGAUUUAUGUUGUCACAAGUAUGUUUGUUCUUGGCAGAAAACCCAUAGUUUACCUCUUACAUCAUUUUAACAAAUACACACUUUUUUGCUGUAAUGUUAGCUACAGUGUUCAUGGGGGGAAAGGGAGGGUUGGGGUCCUGUGUGUCGGCUAGUGAAAUUUCUUUUGCCAGUUUUGUAAACUUUGUUUUACAUUGGCAGUCAAGUCAACAGUGUAUUGUAUAUUUUGCACAUAAUGAACCAGAAAUUUAAUCCCUUUGGUUUGAUAGAGUGGUAUUUACAGAGGGGGGAGGGGGAUGGGUUCUACGCCUGUAUAAAAUGGUCUCAUAACUGAUUCAUAGUCGAAUCGGUGUCGACUCUUAGGAACGGUUAUGAAUUGUUCAUGUUAAGCGUCAUGUUUUCUUACAUCAUUUAUCUAAAAUCCCUGCGAAAUCGCUAGUUUUAACGAAUUUUGCAUGAAAUUGGUAUUGUUGGUAUCGAUUUUUUAUCAAUUUUUCUGAAACAUGACCACCUAGAAAGUUCUGACUCUUUAGAAUCAGCAUUUUUUUUACGUGUCGGUUCGGUGUCAUUUGUUUGAAUUAAAUGCACAGUUUUUAUUUGCAUUUUAGUUUGUACACGGAAUUGUCCGCAUUUUAAGCAGCACAUCCCUAUCGAGUGAAGUGUUCUGAUAAAUGAAGAAUGUUACUGUUUUGAUUUGUGCAGUACUGUAAAAGUUCCUUUUUUAAAUAAUGCAUGUUGCAUUUGUUUUUGUUUUCCCUGUUCAACCUGAAGCCGUGUGUAAACGCCAUCCAUUCUAAGAGAAGAAAAACAAACAAAAAAAAAAUAAUACGCAAAAAUCUUUUUUUUUUUUAAAUCUUCUUACCUGCUUUAUACUGUGUCAGCAAUGUAUACACUGUGCAAGAGUCGUGCCUUUUUACUCCAAAUUACUUCAUUUUGUAUUAUUAAUGUUAGGGUUUUUUUUUCCCGAAGGUUAAAAAAAAUAUAUUUUCUAAUAUCUGCGUGGUUGACAAAAAAAAAAAUCCCCAGGCUUUUUUUUUGUUGUUGUUACCUGUUUGACCGUUUUAUGGGAAUAACAUUUAAACCAUUAACACCUUUGAGUUCCAGCAGUGAAAAUAUCCCUGUGAAAGCUAUAUGGGAAUUUGUCAUUAUGUUUAUUAUUAUUAUUUUUUAAUCAAUUUAACCGCAGUAUUAUCAUUAAUCCAGCCUCUUUUUUUAACCUGUUGUUUUGUUAUUUGUUUUGACCAAUUUGCGCAGUGGUUUGUUUUUUUUUUUUGUUUUUUUUUUCUUUUAAGUGUUCGUUUUGGGAACAGGAAAGAGAGGGGGAAACAAUGACUCUCCCUACAGCCGUCGUCGUGGUCUUCGCAUUUGCAAAGAAGAGAGAAAAACAAAAAACAACAAAAAAAAAAAUUUGCUUGAAAACUUGUGGUUUUGACCCCCAGCAGCGCGCAACCGGACACCCGCUUCAUGUCGCACCUUUGGCCUUCAGAUUUGCCAAAUCAGCACUCAGACUCUCCGCACAGGUUCUUCGUGUCAUGUAGAAAACUUCGCAGAAAAUUUAUGGAAGUUCUAUUGUGCUAUUAUCAGUUAAUGUCUCUUUUUAGGCUGUGUUAAACGCGUCGAAACGUGUGUCCUCUUUAACUCCGCAACUAGUUCAUGGAAAGACAGUCCCCUCCCUGAACCUGCAGAGUUUAAUGUGUGCUAAAUGGUAUUUGAUGAUGGAACGUGUUUGAAGAGUGUUUUUAAAAGAUUGGGAGGGGGCAAUAAGAGUUUAGGAUAUGAACCCAUAUAAUACACUCCAUUUCAGAAGCAUCGCUCAAAACCAAUAAAGCACUUUGCAAAUC